AUCAUGGUUUCCUCCUUCAACACCUUUCACUAUCCCCAAAAACACAGCGCCAAUUUAACCUAUUCCGCCGGACAACCCUGGCAAUGGGCCGCAAAUUACCAUCACACUCCACCCAAUCAUCAAUAUCUCAGCGAUAUGGAUACAACACAUGCCGCUGCUGUCCACCAUCAAAUGUAUUAUAAUCCCCAUGCCAUGUAUCAUCAGGCCACAAAUGCUGCAGCUGCUGCUGCCUCCGAGUGGCAUUCCCCAUCCUCAGCGGAAAAUUUCACACAAAAUCAACAAUUGCUGGCCCAUCAGCAUCAACAGUUGCUUAACGGCACCAUUGGUGCGGGCGGCGCAACACCAUCAUCAUCGUCGGCUAUUGCCAGUAGUACAACAUCGGCAGGUCCAGCCUCUGGCAGUACGACACAAUUAAAUGAGACUGUUAGCAGUAUUGGCGAUUCGCAGCAACAUCAACAACAGCAGCAGCAACAGCAGUCACAGCAACAGGCUCAACAUCACAUAACCGAGGGAUUGCCAUCGCCACCGAUCACAGUGAGUGGCAGUGAAAUAUCGAGCCCCGGAGCUCCAGCCUCUUCAUCAUCGCCACAUCAUUUGAUAAUUAACAAUAACAAUAGUCCAUCGACGGCUAAUAAUAACAACAAUAAUAAUACAAUAAAUCACAACAACAACAAUCGUUCAUCGCCCAUUAAAUCACAUCAAUAUUAUGAUUGGAUGAAGAAGCCGACAUAUCCAUCGCAGCCAGCACCUGGUAAAACCCGUACCAAGGAUAAAUAUCGCGUGGUCUACACCGAUUUCCAGCGCCUAGAAUUGGAGAAAGAAUAUUGUACAUCACGUUACAUCACCAUACGACGCAAAACCGAAUUGGCACAAACCCUAUCGCUGUCGGAACGUCAAGUGAAAAUAUGGUUUCAAAAUCGUCGCGCUAAAGAGCGUAAACAAAAUAAAAAAGUCAGCGAACCGACUAUUGGUGGAGUGCAACAUCCCGACUAUGCUAAUUUAAUGGAUACCAAACCGAAAUUGGAACCCGGUCUACAUUUACAACAUUCCCUGCAUUCGAUGAGUUCAAUGGCUGCCAUGGGUAUGCCAACAAUGCGUCUGCAUCCACAUUUACAUGGCCAUCAUGCGCUGGCUGUGAGCGCCGCCCAUUCUCAUCAGUUGCAUCAACCGUCACAUGCUCAGAUAUCGGCUGCGGUGGGUAGUUUAUCGAUGUGACAACC